AUGAGUGUGUACGAUUACCGUACUAUACACAUAGCGGGUGACCCAGCGCCAAAACCGCUGUUACGAGAGUGCCAGCCCCCCGUAGGUGAUCGCGAGGUCUCUGGGGCCGGGACUGCUCAUAUAUAUGAUGUGAACGGCCAGAGGAAUCGAGUUGGCAUAUUUUAG